AUGGGUAACAAAGAUCUGAUCGAAGAGCAAACUUUAUCCUACUACCAUCUCAAGCGAUACUACCCAGUUCGCAUCGGUGACACGCUCAAGGAUCGGUAUCGCAUCAUUGCAAAGCUUGGCUAUGGCGCUUACUCCACUGUGUGCAUCGAGCAGGUCGAUGAUAAACCAUCGCCCGUGUUGAAUGAAGUCAAAAUGCUGCGACGCAUGAAGGAAUUCGCCGAGGCAGCUAGUCAUCCAGGCCUAUGUUACAUCCGCCUCGCUACCGACAUCUUCGAACUGCACACCUCUUCCGGUCGGCAUUAUUGUAUCGCGGCCAAGCCCCAGGGCCACAGCCUGCGCACGCUACAGACAACUUUCCCGAACGCCCAGGUGCCAGGAAUAUUAGUACGGUCUCUGAUGCAUCGGCUGUUUUUUGCGGUCAAUUGGCUGCAUGCCACCUGUCGCCUCAUCCACACAGAUAUCUCGCCGCUAAAUGUUCUCACAGAGAUAGAGGAUGAUGUCAGUCUCAAAGACAUCGAACAGCAAGAAGCCCAAGACCCCAGCAUCCCUAUCAUCUGUGGGUUCUCAGGCGCUCCUGUCUACCGCUCUCGAGAGCCCUCCCUGCAACUGAGUGGCAUCCCGAUACUUACGGACUUCGGUCACAUCCGUGAAUAUGACUACUAUGACUACCGCAUCAACAAAGAUUGGAUCAUGCCUGAUCUGUAUCGAGCUCCGGAAAUACUGCUACAGAUUCUGUGGACUUUGCAGGUGGAUAUGUGGUCUGUUGGCGUGAUGACUCUAGAACUUAUGGAGGGCAAGAAUCUGUUCGACCCGAUCGACCGUGUUAAUCACCAAUAUGUUCUCCCAUUGGCGUUGGCUCAGUACAUAGGAUACCUUGGGCCGCCACCGCUGCACAUGCUUCAGGAGAGUCCGCUUUUCUCGACCUAUUUCGAUGAGAAAGGUAAUUGGACGUUGGCUGAGGCUCCCAUUCCCCAAACAAGCCUGGAAGAAUUCGUCACCACAAUUCCUCCCGGAGAGGAAAAAGAACAAUUUCUCCGGUUCAUCCGCAAGAUGCUAGCUUGGGAUCCAGAAGAGAGGGCGACCGCAAAUGAGAUGAUCGAUGCGGAUGAAUGGCUCCAGAGGCCGUUCCACGAUAUGAUUGAAAUAAAGCGCUUGGGAGAUGCGCAAGAAAUAUGUGCCUAAGUGCCUG